AUGGCAUCCCAUAGUAUUUUGGCAGAUGAUUAUAUUUUGGAGCUAUUAGGAGACGGUACAAAUUCAGAAUUAUCCGAUUUAUCUGAUGAAGACGAUGAAUAUUUUCAAUCAAGUGAAUUUGAUUGUCUUAUGACCAAUUUUGAUGAUGGUGAUUUUAAUUUACUAUUAGAUGAGGAUGAUGACAAGGAAAAUGAAAUAGUUCCAGUGAAUACUGAUCCAGUGACAAGAUAUCAGUCACAAAAUAGAACAUCGAGAAGUGCAACAGUUGCUGUUGACCAAUCUAUUGAUACUGAGGUAGAAAAUAUAACAGUUACCAAUGAAAUGACUGAAACUAACACUCCUGCAACUUCUAGUCUGGCGUAUAUAGAUAAGUGCAAUAUUCGGUGGAAAAAACAACCUUUUGUUCCUCCAAAAAUUACUUUGAAAAAACCUCGUGACCGCUUGUAUCCUAAUAGUACACCUACACCACUUGACUACUUUUUAAAAUAUUUUCCAGAAAGUGAGUUUGAAAAUAUGGCAAAUUAUACUAAUACCUAUGCUGAACAAACAGGGAGAUUAAAUUGGAAACCCACUAAUUCAAAAGAAAUGAAAAUAUUUGUAGGUAUUCACUUAUACAUGGGUGUAUUAAAUUUGCCCCGAAUCCGUAUGUAUUGGGAACAAAAAAGUAGGAUAAAUACUAUUGCUGAUAAUAUGACACGAAAUAGAUUUUUUGAAUUACGGUUUAAUUUUCAUGUCAUUGACAACAACACCAUUCCUACAAACAAUACAGACCGAUUUAUAAAAGUAAGGCCACUUUAUGAUUUGUUGAAAAAAAGAUGUAAUGAACUACCCGUUGAGAAGAAUAUAAGUGUUGAUGAACAAAUGGUUCCAUUUAAAGGAAAACUCAGUGCAAAACAGUACAUGAGAGGUAAACCAAAUCCAUGGGGAAUUAAAUUGUUCUUAUUAUGUGGCGAAGAUGGUCUGGUUUAUAACUUUAUAAUAUACCAAGGAUCUACUACAGAACUAAAUCAAGAUAUGCAAAAAAAUAUGGUUUAG